CUAUCUCUCUCUCUCUCUACAACCCUCCAUCUCCUCACACAAAUCAUACAACCAUGAGUUCUUUAUUAAUUUGGAUCACCAUAAAUGGGUUUGGUCUCUCACCACCAUGCAAUUCUCAUGCUCUUCUCUUCCCCUUUGUCUCUCUGAAACACUCUUGUGUUUUUCCCUCCAACAAUGCCGCUGGCUUUCGGAGUUACUAAAAUAUUUGUCAAUCUUUUGGUGGGUCUUUGAGUUUUGACUAAAAGGAACUCUCCUCAGCUUUGCAGUAUCCGACACGUAAAAGAAAUAGGAAAAGAAUAUCUGAUUGAUGGGUAUGAAACUCUGAGGGAAGAAUCAAAUAUUAGUUUUGGUUUCGGUUAAAAAAUCUACCAAUAAAGAUUUGGUGGGAAGUGGAAAAUUGGGUCUUGAGUGAAGAAUUGAGUAGUUUGGGGCUGAGGAGACUUAAUUUAUAUAAAAUCAGAGGUGAGUUGUUAUCAAAAUCUUGUAUGGUUAAGGAGAUUUGGGCAUUGUGAGUUUGGGGUGCAAGAUUCAUAUAAAUUUCAGAGGUGGGCUCUUUUCAAUUCCAGUGUAGUUGAGAGGAAUUGAGCAUUAGGAAAACCCUUAUCAAAGCACAGGUGGUUGUUUUCAGGGUAUAUUUUGGUUGAGAUAAGUUUUCUGUAGGUAACCAGGGCUUGAAACCUGUGGAUACACAUCAGGAUUUUGGUUCUCUUUUUCUUGGUGUUAUUUUGUGGAUUACUUGUUGUUGGUUCUAACUGGAAGAAGAUGGUUGGAAGUAUUGAAGUGAUGAGUCAUAAUUCAUACUCGAAUGGGGCGAUGCAGAACCAUAAUGGUUUGGAAGAAAAACUUGAUGAACUUCGACGUGUUCUUGGUAAGGCUGAUGGUGAUUUGUUGAGGAUUGUUGGUGUUGGGGCCGGAGCUUGGGGCAGUGUGUUUGCAGCAUUGCUUCAAGACAGCUAUGGUCAAUUUCGAGACAAGGUCCAAAUCAGGAUAUGGAGGAGGCCUGGAAGAGCUGUUGAUAGAGCUACAGCCGAACAUCUCUUUGAAGUCAUCAAUUCAAGGGAGGAUGUAUUGAGGAGGUUGAUUAGGCGCUGUGCAUAUUUGAAGUAUGUUGAAGCUAGAUUGGGUGACCGGACACUCUAUGCGGAUGAGAUAUUGAAAGAUGGGUUCUGCUUGAAUAUGAUUGAUACACCACUUUGUCCGUUGAAGGUUGUGACUAACUUGCAAGAGGCUGUUUGGGAUGCCGAUAUUGUAGUGAAUGGCUUGCCUUCAACUGAAACACAUGAACUGUUUGAAGAGAUCAGCAAAUACUGGAAGGAGAGAAUCACAGUGCCUGUUAUUAUUUCUUUGGCAAAGGGUAUCGAGGCUGCACUGCAGCCUGUUCCCCAUAUAAUAACACCCACACAAAUGAUUAACCGGGCAACUGGAGUACCUAUAGAGAACAUUCUUUAUCUUGGUGGCCCAAAUAUUGCCUCGGAAAUUUACAACAAGGAAUAUGCGAAUGCUCGAAUAUGUGGAGCUGAAAAGUGGAGGGUACCACUUGCAAAGUUUUUGAGGCAGCCCCAUUUCAUAGUAUGGGACAAUAGUGACCUUGUCACUCAUGAAGUAAUGGGUGGAUUGAAGAAUGUCUAUGCUAUAGGAGCUGGAAUGGUAGCAGCUCUAACCAAUGAAAGUGCUACAAGCAAAUCAGUCUAUUUUGCACACUGUACAUCGGAGAUGAUAUUCAUCACUCAUUUGUUAGCAGAAGAGCCUGAGAAGCUUGCUGGGCCUCUGCUGGCCGAUACUUAUGUAACCCUGCUGAAAGGUCGUAAUGCAUGGUAUGGCCAAAUGAUAGCCAAGGGGGAACUGAGCCUCGAUAUGGGUGAUAGCAUCAGCGGCAAGGGGAUGAUUCAGGGAGUCUCUGCAGUGGGGGCCUUUUAUGAACUUUUGAGGCAGUCAAGUUUAAGUGUAUUGCAUCCUGGAGUAAACAAGCCUGUUGCUCCAGUUGAGCUGUGCCCCAUUCUGAAGAUAUUAUAUAAAAUACUGAUAACAAGGGAACAACAAACACAGGCAAUUCUUCAAGCACUGAGGGAUGAAACCUUGAAUGAUCCUCGCGAUCGCAUUGAGAUUGCACAAACCCAUGCUUUCUACAGGCCUUCACUUCUUGGGCAACCUUGAUACUCGUCAUUGCAAAGGAAUGGCAUAGUGAAGGAACUGAUAACUAAACUAUAUAUGCUUGAUGCAUAUAUUGGAAGAAUCACUUGGUGAGCUCAUGUACUGUUUUUGUAAUGUAUUAUGAAUUGCAUCUAUUCAAUCAAAUUCAGUCAAUUGUUUGGAUUUGCAAAUGUUAAUUUCAUAUUUUAUGUUGACCCUUCAA